AUUGAACAUACACUCCAAAAUGGAAGAGUCGAUUUUAGCUUCUUUAACCAAGACUGUACCCAAGACCAAACCUACUAACAUCAAGAUUCCCUCAGAAGCUACUAAAGGGGAUAAAGUGAAGGCUUUUGAGCCAUCUGCUUCUAAAAAGAAGUUUUCUCUUAUUAAAAAGCUCACAAAAUGCUCUAUUACUGAAAAUGAAAUCGCAAGCGUUUUCUCUGAAAUAGAAUCAGUCCCUGAAACUGACUCAAAUGAAAAUCUUGAAGCAUGAAGGAAGUAUCUCUCUGACCUAGGAAUACCCGAAGAAGAGUCCUUAAGGUUUUACUAUUAUUCCCUCGUAUUGAAACUUCCAGUUACAAAGACAUUCAUGGUCAAUGAACUAGUGGCUUUACAAGUUGAUCUGUCUAAUAUUCUCCAAACAGUUUACCUUUUGCUGCUACUUAAGGUUGACGAAGAAAGAGCUGUUGAUAAAUAUUCAAAGUUCCUUCUAAUCGCUCAUGACAACCUCUUGACCUGGGUAGAAGUUCUAAUGGAAGCUUCUCUGAUGAAUAACAUUAUCAAAAAGGGAACAGAGCAAGGAAACAACUUUAUUAUCACAAAGAUUUCAGAUUUAGUGACCAAACUAGCAGAGCAACAGGACCUCAUCCUUAACGCUAAGUAUAUGCUACAGAAUAUGUGAAUGAACCAGGGUAUUAGCUUGCCCAAGUCAGGAGAUCCCUCUAAAGUACUUAUCAGCGACAAUUCUGUGAUCAUUGAAGAAAAUCAAUAAUUCUAGAGCCUCAAUUAUAAGAUA